GUAAAACUGAAGCAUUCAUGUUAUUCACUGUAAAGGCGUGGAGGAAGGAGCUUUUCUUGCUAAACAAAAAGCAAAACUUUAAUAUUUCCUGUAAGAAGAGAGAAUGGCGGAGAACAAUUUUGAGGAUACAAAGGCUGAAAGACAGACAAUGGUGGAGACCAUCAAACGGUCUGCUGUGAUAAUCAUCAACGAAAGUCAGAACGUCUUCAACAAUUUGCACCGUCUCUUGGAGCAAAAAUGCUCAGAAGUGGAGCAGAAGGUCAAAUCAAUGGAGAAAGAGAGGAAAGAGGAAGAGAUGGAGGAGCAGAUCAAAAAACUGGACCAGCUCUCAAUGGAGGACCAGCCCUCAUCUUCAGAAGAUCUGAGUGUCUUCAAAGACUCAGCCAGCUUUCAACAAGCUCAGCACUGCCUUGAUGAUGCUCUCAAAGUUGUGUCUGAGGCCACAGAGAAGCUGGAGACUGUUAGAGACCAGAUCACAAAGAUUUCACGCACACUGGAUAAUGCUCUGUUAUUAAGAUCCAGAGAGGACUUCAUGAAGUACUAUCGUCAUAUCACACUGGAUAAAAACACAGCAAACGAAUAUCUAUCUCUGAGUGAUGAGAACAGAACAGUUACAUGGACACAAGCAGAUAAGAAUAAUGACUAUCAUCCAGACAGGUUUCUUAAAGUGUCUCAGGUUCUGAGUGCAGAAGGUCUGACUGGACGUUGUUACUGGGAGGUGGAGUGGAGCGGGGAUGUUUAUGUGGCAGUUGCAUACAAAGGUAUCAGUCGUAAAGGAACCCAAAAGGAAUCUGGGUUUGGUCAUAAUGAUAAAUCCUGGGCAUUGAGGUGUUCAUCCAUUGGAUAUGAAUUUUUUGAUAUUAACAAUAAGGAUGGUAAACCAAUUGAAAAUAUGUUUCCAGAUCCUCAAUCCUCCAGAGUUGGAGUUUAUUUAAAUCACACAGCAGGAACUUUGUCUUUUUACAGAGUUUCUGACUCCAUGACUCUCAUACACAAAGUCCAGACCACAUUCACUCAGCCUCUGUAUGCUGGAUUCAGGCUUCCAUCAAAUAAAAAAGGCAAAAUCAGGUUGUUGGAUAAAAAUUAAGAGCAGUCACUGAUCUGUCAGGCUUAAUGAUAAAAUAUGUCUGCACUGUCGAAUUUAAAAAGAAAAUCGCUGGAAAAUACACUGUAUAUAAAAUCUAAUAAUCACUUUGUUAACUAAAAUACUUGUAGUUUUUCAAUCAAAAUAAUAAUAAAAACUUGAAAAAUUUGAAACAAUAGAGAAAAAAAGCAUUUUUCUACAAAACUUAACUGCAAACUGAACAUUUUUAUAUUGAAUAAAAAACAUUCCAUGCAAAAAUUCUGAAACUGAUAAAAUGAUAUCAAACAACCAAACUGAACACAAGUUUGUGAGCUUCAAGAAGACGACCUCCAAAAUGUAUUAACUUUCAUGAUGUCUGAAAAUAUUAGUUUGCUGAUUAACGUUGAUUCUAAAAUGAUCUGGAAAUUGUUUUGCUUAUAUAUAUAUUGUAUAUAUAGAUAUAUAUGUGUGUAUACAUAUGUGUGUGUGUAAAAUGUUACUGGCUUUUUUGUUUGUUUUGUUUUCUGUAUAUAAAUGUUGUUACAUAUAAAAUGU